GGCACAGGGCUAAAGACGGAGAGAAACGUACCCAGGACUGAAUGGUGUUAGUACAGCAGAUGCUCCGGUUACAAGCUGUACUGUGCUGUGGAGUGCUGGAUUCCGAAUGACACUGAUACUUUUGAAGCCAGAGUGGACAGUGAGAGAGAGAGACAGAGAGAAAGGUCUUCCUUUUGCCUUUGGUUCACCCUCCAAUGGCUGCCGCGGCCGGCCCGCUGUGGCCGGCACACCACGCUGAUCCAAUGGCAGGAGCCAGGUGCUUCUCUUGGUCUCCCAUGGGGUACAGGGCCCAAGCACUUGGGCCAUCCUCCACUGCACUCCCGGGUCACAGCAGAGAGCUGGCCUGGAAGAGGGGCAACUGGGACAGAAUCCGGCGCCCCACCACAGUGAAUUUUGAGCUUUCAGCCGCGCCGGAAUCCAGAGCUAUACUCUGUGUGAUAAUUCCAGCCCCAGGGAAUAGCUUCGGAAAUAAGAGCUGUAGGGUUCUUCGUGAAUAAAUAAGCCAAGAAGGGAAAGGGGAUGCCGCAACUUGGAGAAACGGUUUACAAGUCGUCCUUCAGCAGAGAAACAAGUUCUUAAAUGGAAAUGAAGAAAGAAAACACCUGAAAGCGGAAAACAGCAAUAGAGCCAAAAAUUUCCAACAGGGUCUCAAGAGUGCUCAAACCAUUCAUGUGUUUCCAUCAAACCCAGACAGAAACCAGAGAAGAUUAAACCCUACUAGUUACUCAUUGGAAGCCUCAGAGAAAGGUGCUUCCCAGGAACUGAUGGCCAAAAUAUCCACUCAUAAUACAAGAGAGUUUAGGAAAUUUCUCAGAAUCCUGAAAUAAUGGAAGUUUCCCUCAAUGACCCAGCAUCUAAUAAAACCAGUGCAAAGAGCAACAGCUCAGCAUUUUUUUACUUUGAAUCCUGUCAAUCCCCUUCUCUAGCCUUACUCCUAUUACUCAUUGCCUAUACUGUGGUUUUAAUCAUGGGCAUUUGUGGAAACCUCUCUCUCAUCACCAUCAUCUUUAAGAAGCAGAGAGAAGCUCAGAAUGUCACCAACAUACUGAUUGCCAACCUCUCCCUCUCUGACAUCUUGGUGUGUGUCAUGUGCAUCCCUUUUACUGCUAUUUACACUCUGAUGGAUCGCUGGAUAUUUGGGAACACCAUGUGCAAACUCACCUCCUAUGUACAGAGUGUCUCCAUCUCUGUGUCUAUUUUCUCACUUGUAUUAAUUGCUAUUGAAAGAUAUCAGCUGAUUGUGAACCCCCGUGGCUGGAAGCCGAGUGCAUCCCACGCUUACUGGGGCAUCAUGCUGAUUUGGCUCUUCUCCCUUCUGUUGUCCAUUCCCUUGUUGCUUUCCUACCACCUCACUGAUGAGCCCUUCCGCAACCUCUCUCUCCCCACUGACCUCUACAGUCACCAUGUAGUCUGUGUAGAGCACUGGCCCUCCAAGACAAACCAGCUCCUCUAUUCCACCUCCUUGAUUAUGCUCCAGUAUUUUGUCCCGCUGGGCUUCAUGUUCAUCUGCUACCUGAAGAUUGUUAUCUGCCUCCACAAGAGAAACAGCAAAAUAGACAGAAGGAGGGAAAAUGAAAGCCGGCUCACUGAGAACAAGAGAAUCAACACAAUGCUGAUCUCCAUCGUUGUGACUUUUGCAGCCUGCUGGCUGCCCCUGAACACCUUCAAUGUUAUCUUUGACUGGUAUCACGAGGUGCUGAUGAGCUGCCACCAUGAUCUGGUGUUUGCAAUAUGCCACUUGGUUGCUAUGGUUUCCACAUGCAUAAACCCUCUCUUUUAUGGAUUUCUGAACAGAAAUUUCCAGAAAGAUCUGGUGGUGCUUAUUCACCACUGCUUGUGCUUUGCACUUCGGGAAAGAUAUGAAAAUAUUGCCAUCUCCACUCUGCACACAGAUGAAUCCAAGGGAUCUUUAAGAGUGGCUCAUAUACCAGCAGGUAUAUAAAAAUUGCUAACACUUAACACUAAUGCCCUUCCUCACUGGGACACGGAAAGGUAAUGGCAGUGGAUAGGACAAGAAACAAAAUGAAGGCAGAACCAAGAACAUACCAACUUUAUACACAUUUUGUUUUUGGCUAAGCCUGUCUGU